AGUCGACGUGUGCAGAAGUCCUUAUAAUCCAGGCCCAGUUCCUCAGUAGCAGCUCAGUCUUGCUAAAGAGGAGGGGCCCGGCUUCUUUCAGGACUCUUGAUCUUUUGGGCGCGACAUAAAAUCGAGGUUCAAGAAGAGAAAAAAAAUCUCCAGAUACCUACAGGAUUAAUUUAUUCAAAAAAGAAAUGCUCAACAUGCAGAAGUCUUGUGAUGAGAACGAAGGAACACCCCAGAACACACCAAAGGUAGAUGAUGGCCAUCCUUCGGAGGAUCCACCACAGCAGGCAGAAGGAAAUCUUCAGGCUUCUGGAGAAAGUGUGCAGGAGGAAGCUGAAGGAAGCCUUAGAGGAGAGCCUGCUCAACCCAGCCCAGAACCUAAAGAGGACACUCCCACAAGGCAUCUGAACCCUGAAGAAGUGAUAAGAGGAGUAGAUGAGCUGGAAAGGCUUCGGGAAGAGAUAAGAAGAGUAAGAAACAAGUUUGUGAUGAUGCAUUGGAAGCAAAGACAUUCCCGAAGCCGUCCCUACCCUGUGUGCUCCAGGCCUUGAAAUCUUUUUUCUCUCAUAUUGAAAUCUGGCUGCUGCUUUCUUUCUCUUAGCGUUUUCUGAUGUAUGUUUGAACUUCAUUUUACUUUUAAUUACCUGGCAGAAUAUUCUUUUAGGUAGUUUCGUUGUUACCAGCAUCUCAUUGGAUUUUGGAUUUUGACUCAUUUUCCACGUUUAUUUUUCAGUUGGAAAGUUUCACACUUAUGCAUGGAAAUGGUGUUUAUUCAUUAUUAUACAAUUAAGCAGCGAAUUAAGAAGCAGCAUAUUUAGGGUCAGCUCACAUAUAGGAAAAUUCCUAAUUAUGUGUGUACUUGUAUAAUUAUACGUAUAUCAAAAAACUUAACAGUGCUGAUUUUUGUGUGGUGUGUUUUCAUUUUGCCUUUUGCUUAUUUGUAUUUUUUAAUGAAUAUGUGUCUCACCAAGAACUGCAGAUUUUUUAAGAAAUGGGAAUUAAUUAAAAUUAAUUUGUAACCAGCUUGUAGAGGCAAUAAAGACACUAAACUCUUGGUGAGGAACUAUUAAAAAGAAAUGUAAACCUGGAAUUAUCUCUGGAUUUCUUAGCCAGAGGAAUAAAACUGGCAAUCAUUAUAGAUA